AUGAACAAUCGGACCAAGCAAGCUAUUAAGCCAACUAACAAAGCCACAGGUCUUACAGCAGCUGAUGUGGAAAUAGGGGAUUGGCUACGCAAAACCUAUUCACACAAGUGUAUUAUUCUUGCUGUGAACAAGUGUGAAUCUCCACGCAAAGGGCUCAUGCAAGCAUCAGAAUUUUGGUCGCUGGGGUUUUCACCGCUUCCAAUAUCUGCUGUAUCUGGGACUGGAACUGGAGAGCUUCUUGAUCUUGUUUGUUCAGGACUUAAAAAUUUUGAGGAUACAGAGAAUGCUGAUGAAGAUAAAGAUUAUGAAAAUGAAGAAUAUGUUCCUGCAGUUGCAAUUGUUGGCCGACCAAAUGUUGGGAAAAGUAGCAUUUUGAAUGCUUUAGCUGGAGAGGACAGGACAAUUGUUAGUCCAAUUAGCGGAACAACCCGUGAUGCUAUCGACAUGGAUUUUACUGGACCUGAUGGCCAGAAAUUCCGGCUAAUUGACACUGCUGGAAUCCGAAAAAGGGCAGCCAUAGCUUCAUCAGGCAGCACUACAGAGGCUUUGUCAGUGAAUCGAGCAUUUCGCGCCAUUCGUCGUUCUGACGUUGUGGCUCUUGUCAUUGAGGCCAUGGCCUGUAUAACAGAACAGGAUUUCAAGAUUGCUGAAAGGAUAGAAAGAGAAGGGAAAGGUUGCCUGAUUGUUGUAAACAAGUGGGACACCAUACCAAAUAAAAACCAGGAAACUGCGACGUACUAUGAGCAAGAUGUCAGGGAGAAGCUUCGCAUUCUGAAUUGGGCUCCAAUUGUAUAUUCCACAGCAAUAGCAGGGCAUAAUGUUGAAAAAAUCAUUGUUGCUGCUAGUGUGGUUGAAAAAGAGAGAUCAAGAAGGCUCACUACAUCCAUAUUAAAUCAAGUAAUACAGGAGUCACUUGCUUUUAAGGCACCUCCAAGAACCAGAGGCGGGAAGAGAGGACGCGUUUAUUAUUGCACUCAGGCAGCUAUUAGGCCACCCACGUUUGUUUUCUUUGUAAAUGAUGCGAAACUUUUCCCUGAGACAUACCGGCGAUUUAUGGAAAAGCAACUGAGAUCAGAUGCAGGAUUCUCUGGCACGCCAAUUCGGCUUCUAUGGCGCAGCAGAAGGAAAAUGGAAAAAAAUGAUGGCGGGGUUAAUGCGAUGAAGGCACAAUUGAAUCUCACCCCAAGCGAUAGACAGGUGGCUGCAGCUACAUAA